AUGGCGAAACGCAAGGCCGACGAGGACUUUGUCCUGACCAUUAGCGACAACGAGGAGCUGCCAAUUGAGGAGGAAGAAAUCGUCGCCGAGCCGCCCAAGAAGAAGUCCAAAAAGGCGACCAAGGCCAACAAGUCCAAGAAGGGCGCCAAGAAUGAUGCCGCCGACGACGCCGAAGAUGCAGAGGAUGCUGGCAAGUGGGGAAAGCACGACGAGGACGACGGCGCCAUGGACUCGGAUUUUGAGUUCAUGGUUGACAAUGCCGGCGACAUCAUGGGCGGCGAGUUCGAAGGCUGGGGUUUCGACGGCGCCAAGAGGGGUAUGAAUGAGAAGAGAGUGGUGGACGUCGACGAGAUUAUCAGAAGGCGAAGGGAAAAGAAGGAAAAGAAGGAGGGUAAGAAGAAGAAGCAACAAAAGGAGGAGGAAGUAGCAUCCGAGGAGGAGGAUGAAGAGGUCGCCGACAUUGAUAUGGACGAUGACGAUGACGAGGUGCUCGCCGAGGACGGCUUCGGCAUGGGCGCCGCUUCUGAUGCGGAAGAGUCGGACGAGGAUGUCGCCGACGACAUGGACGACGAUAACGAAGAUGACGAGGACGACGAGGAGGGAGAUGCUUCCGACGACGAUUCCGUGGCCACACCCAAUGAGCACCCCGAUGACAAUGGUAGUGAUUCGGAUUCCGAUCAAGAGGAGGAUGCCGAAGAAGCUGCCAAGCGAGAAGCAUUCUUUGCGCCAGAGGACAACGCAAAACAAGGAAAGCAGCCUGCUAGAUCAUCUUUCCAAGGCAUGUCCUUGUCAAGACCUAUUUUGCGUGGUCUCACUACUGUUGGUUUCACCAAACCCACGCCCAUCCAAGCCAAGACUAUCCCCAUUGCUUUGGAGGGCAAGGAUGUUGUGGGUGGUGCAGUUACUGGUUCCGGAAAGACUGGCGCUUUUAUUGUACCGAUUCUGGAGCGUCUUCUCUACCGACCCAAGAAGGUGGCUACUACUCGAGUUGUGAUCAUGACGCCUACUCGUGAACUUGCAAUUCAGUGUCACGCGGUUGCCACGAAACUCGCCAGUCAUACCGAUAUCAAGUUCUGUUUGGCAGUUGGUGGUCUCAGCUUGAAGGUUCAGGAGGCAGAGCUCCGCCUGCGACCUGAUGUUGUCAUUGCUACUCCGGGUCGUUUCAUUGACCACAUGCGCAACUCUGCCAGUUUUAACGUGGACACUGUGGAAAUUUUGGUGCUUGACGAAGCCGACCGAAUGCUCGAAGACGGUUUUGCCGACGAGCUGAACGAAAUUCUCACCACCAUACCCAAGUCUCGACAGACCAUGUUGUUUUCCGCCACCAUGACCUCGUCCGUGGACCGUCUGGUCCGCGUGGGUAUGAACAAGCCCGUACGACUCAUGGUCGACACACAAAACAAGACUGUAUCAAAGCUCGAGCAAAAGUUUAUUCGUCUACGACCGGGACGCGAAGACAAGCGCAUGGGAUACUUGGUCCACCUUUGCAAGACCAUGUACACGGAGCGCGUCAUCAUUUUCUUCCGCCAAAAGAAGGAGGCCCACCGCGCUCGUAUCAUCUUUGGUCUCUUUGGCCUGUCCUGUGCCGAGCUCCACGGUAGCUUGAACCAGUCCCAGCGUAUCAGCGCUGUCGAAGACUUCCGUGACGGCAAGGUGUCUUUUCUGCUCGCCACCGACGUUGCGUCCCGUGGUCUCGAUAUCAAGGGAAUCGACACUGUCAUCAACUACGAGGCGCCGCAGUCCCUGGAAAUUUACGUCCACCGUGUCGGUCGUACGGCGCGUGCCGGACGUGCCGGUGUUGCCGUCACCAUUGCCGCCGAGCCCGAUCGCAAGGUGGUCAAGGCCGCUGUCAAGGCUGGCAAGGCCCAGGGCGCGAAAAUUAGCAGUUUGGUCAUUGAAGCCGCCGACGCCGACAAGUUGCAAAAGCAGAUUGAGGACUGGGAAGACGAGAUUGAGGAGAUCAUGAUUGAAGAGAAGGAGGAGAAGCAGCUCGCCAACGCCGAGAUGCAGAUCAAGAGGGGCGAGAAUAUCAUGAAGCACGAAGACGAGAUCAAGUCCCGACCCAAGAGAACGUGGUUCGAGACGCAAAACGACAAGAAGAAGGCCAAGGAGGCUGGCCGCGCCGAGCUCAACGGCCUGAUGGACAGCUUGAAGAAGAAGAGCGGUGGCAAACUGAGCAACAAGGAUAGAAAGAAGCUCGACGCCAGAUCUGAUCGGAAUGAAGGCAGAGCUUGGAAGAAGGGCUCGGCCGAACGUGCUGGAAAGGGAGCCGUGUUGAAUUUCAAGAAGGACAAAUCAAAGAAGGGACCCGGCAAGCCCAAGAAGAGGUAA